AUGGUGAAAUUUCUCAAGCCUAACAAGGCCAUUAUUCUCCUUCAAGGCCGCUACGCCGGCAAGAAGGCGGUCAUCGUGAAGUUGUUCGAAGACGGCACUCGCGACUGCCCCUACGGCCACUGCCUGGUCACCGGAUCGCCAAAAGCGGAUCAAGAACUCGCGCUCCAUGUCAUGCCAACUAUCAAUACAGCCGGGCUCCAAGUUAGUGUAUCAAUUGAAGGCAGUACCCUUCAAAGAGCGAACGAACUGCUUGACAAGAAGAUCUCCAUACGUCCCAAGCUCCCAGCGUCAUUGCAUGUUUCCACAAAGUGA